AGCGCCCCGGGGCGGUGAGCCGGGCUGCCCGGCGCGGGGUGGGUGCGGGCGCGGGCGCUGGACUGGCGCGGGGACCUGGGCGUCGCGAUGAACAUCGUGGUGGAGUUCUUCGUGGUCACUUUUAAAGUGCUGUGGGCGUUCGUGCUGGCCGCGGCGCGCUGGCUGGUGCGGCCCAAGGAGAAGAGCGUGGCCGGCCAGGUGUGCCUCAUCACGGGCGCCGGCAGCGGCCUGGGCCGCCUGUUCGCGCUCGAGUUCGCCCGGCGCCGGGCGCUGCUGGUGCUCUGGGACAUCAACACGCAGAGCAACGAGGAGACGGCCGGCAUGGUGCGCCACAUCUACCGCGACCUGGAGGCGGCGGACGCCGCGGCGCUGCAAGCUGGGAACGGCGAGGAAGAAAUUCUGCCCCACUGUAACUUACAGGUUUUUACCUACACCUGUGACGUGGGGAAGAGGGAGAACGUCUACCUGACGGCCGAAAGGGUCCGCAAGGAGGUUGGCGAGGUCUCAGUGCUGGUCAACAAUGCCGGUGUGGUCUCUGGGCAUCACCUGCUGGAGUGUCCUGAUGAGCUCAUUGAGAGAACCAUGAUGGUCAACUGCCACGCCCACUUCUGGACCACUAAAGCCUUUCUUCCUACAAUGCUGGAGAUUAAUCAUGGUCAUAUUGUGACAGUUGCAAGUUCCUUGGGAUUAUUCAGUACUGCUGGAGUUGAGGAUUAUUGUGCCAGUAAAUUUGGAGUUGUGGGUUUUCAUGAAUCCCUGAGCCACGAACUAAAGGCUGCUGAAAAGGAUGGAAUUAAAACCACCUUGGUUUGCCCUUACCUUGUAGACACUGGCAUGUUCAGAGGCUGCCGAAUCAGGAAAGAAAUAGAGCCUUUUCUGCCCCCUCUGAAGCCCGACUACUGUGUGAAGCAGGCCAUGAAGGCCAUUCUCACAGACCAGCCCAUGAUCUGCACCCCCCGCCUCAUGUACAUCGUGACCUUCAUGAAGAGCAUCCUUCCUUUUGAAGCAGUUGUGUGCAUGUAUCGGUUCCUAGGAGCGGACAAGUGUAUGUACCCCUUUAUUGCUCAGAGAAAACAAGCCACAAACAAUAAUGAAGCAAAAAAUGGAAUCUAAGAAUCUUUUUGUAUGGAAUAUCAUUUCUAUUAGAAGACGAUCAAGAUGUUUCAGUCCAGUGCACAUCAGCAUUACUGACAUUCUCUGGAUUCUAAUCCUGUGUUGACUUUUUUUUAAUCAACUUUUUAAAAAAAAAUAAAGUGUAAAUUAACUGACUAGAGUACUCGGAAAAUGUGAUCAGUAAAAGUGAGCUUAGGUUAUUGCCAGUUAGGGUCCUUUUAGACAGGACCCUAAAACGAGUCCAAUCUUUACACAAGCGCUGUGUGACAUCUUUGGACUAUCAUUCUUUUUUAAUGAACAGAAAUUCUAGAAGUGAUAACUACAGUGUGUUUCACUUGAGUGAUUUUUAAAAUUUCCAUAGAGUCUCUUCAUUUUUGUUAAACUCUAGCCAGCUGACAUCCUUGGGACUUCAAGGACUGGUAGUGCUGUACUUUCUUCUGUUUUCUAAGUUUCAGUUUUGCAAAGCCUAUGUGGCUUUUUCCGGUGUUUGUAUGUUCAGCUGUUUUAAAAAGGAAUUCUGAAAUCUCCAUCCAUUUGGAGUAAAUGGUGUCCGAGUGUUACAGUGAAGGUGAUCAUGUCUCUCUUAAAAGUCGAGUGACUGAAGGAUUAGCUAAAUUUUAAAUUUUCUCUCCGAAAUGCUUCAUGAAGUAUCUGGAGACCUAGGUAUCCGAGAAAAUCAUACAUUUUCUACCUAUGAAUUUUGCUGCAUACUGAAAGUGCCCUUUCCUCAGGAAGCUGGCUGUGUUUCCUUUCUUUGAAUGGACUCUUACCUAGAGUACAUAGCAGCUCUGCAGAGAAGCGGUUUCUAAAACUGGGAACUUUGAUGGUGAAAAGUCCCCAUUUCUGUGCCAACUAUGAUUAGCGAGGGGAAAGUCUCAUCCUGUGGAGUAUGUAUGGAAGGGUGUAAAGAUUCUUUUGAAAUGUUUAUUCACAUUGUAGAACAGCAAAUGACAUUUUUACAGUAUUUUUUUGUAAAGCAAACUAUUUUGUGCCUUGAAUUUGGUAUAUGUGUAUUAGUGAAACAUUGUAAAAGUGAACUUCUACCUCUGUAUCUAAAUGUAUACCAUCCACCUGUAAAUUACUAUAAACUAUUAUGUGAUUACUUUUUUUUUUUAGAAUGUCUUGUUUAAAUAGUGACCAAUGUUUAAGGCUAUUAAAAUAAGCCAACUUUUACUAAUUGGGAAGUUUUAUAAAGGACUGAUUAAAUUUAAAGAAUUAA